AUGGCUGCUUCUAAGCCCGCCUUCAAAGUCGCUGAUAUCGGCCUUGCAGAAUUUGGUCGAAAGGAGAUCAUUAUCGCUGAGAAUGAGAUGCCUGGAUUGAUGGCUAUGCGCGAAAAGUAUGGACCAUCAAAGCCUCUGAAGGGUGCUCGCAUCGCUGGUUGCCUUCACAUGACGAUCCAGACCGCUGUUCUCAUCGAGACUCUCGUUGAACUGGGAGCAGAGGUGCAAUGGUCUUCAUGCAAUAUCUUCUCUACUCAAGACCAUGCUGCUGCAGCCAUUGCUGCCGCUGGAGUUCCAGUUUAUGCGUGGAAGGGUGAAACCGACGAAGAGUAUGAAUGGUGCAUUGAGCAGGUAAGCUGA